AAACUUAGUUUCGUUUUCUAACAGGCACUCUUGGGUUGAACGCUUGGGUUGGACGUCGUCGCUUCUUCGUGGUUUAGAUACUAUUUGUGAAAUUAAAAGUUGUAAGAUACUCAAAACAUUCAAUAUUAGCGUUGACGCGACUUAUUAUUCUGUUUUAAUUACCUGAAGAGAAGAUGCAACAACUGCACAUGUUGGUUUUUUCUCUCGUCCUGUUUUGGAUUUCGCACCCAGUCAACGCGCUUGAAACAGUGUAUGGUGCAGAAGGUGAUGACAUUGUCCUCACGCCACCUCUUCAGUCUCCGUCUCCUUCCAUCACAAGCAUUCAAUGGAAACAUGGAGAGGACAUGGUUGCAGAGUGGUAUGAAGUGUAUGGAACUGAGACAUAUUGUCUUACCAAGUUCAAAGGUCGCUGCAAGCUGAAUCGUUUGACCGGGGCGCUGACAAUCACAGGACUGACUAAAACCGACAGUGGAAGCUGCAAACCUGAGAUCAACAACAAAUACCUCGACUCAACUCAUCUCAUCGUCAUCUCUCGUGUCCCUAAACCCUCCGUCUCCGAAUCAUGUAACACUGAGAUGACCGCCUGUAAUCUGACCUGUGAAGGCAACACGAUAGAAUCAGAACCCGUCGACUGUAAGUGGCUUCUAGAUGAAGCAGUGGGACCUUCAGGCAAGGUGUUGACCAUAACAAAGGAGAUGAAGGAGCAGAGUUACCGUUGUGUAUUUGUCAACCCAGUCGGCAACAAAACCAGUGAUAUCAUGACAAACCCCUUACUCAAAGCAGAAAAUGUCCACUUGGUAAGAAUCCGCUGGCUAAUAGCAGCAGCAGGGGUUCUUUUGUUUUUUUCGGUUCUUGGGGUUGCAGCAUACCUCAUCUACAAACGCAGAACUGCGAGAGGUUCAUAUGGAUUCGUACCCACCAAGGAAGAAGACAACAACGUUAUAAAGGUCCAUGUACCACCAACCACUCAGGACUCAGAUUCUCUCUGCAAUGGAUCUGUGAUCCCAGAGGAGCAAAGGGCAUCCAACGAGCCUUCAGAUUCUAUUCCGCUCCAAAGUGUCUGCAAUGGAGCUGUGAUCCCAGAGGAGCAAAGGGCAUCCAACGAGCCUUCAGAUUCUAUUCCGCUCCAAAGUGUCUGCAAUGGAGCUGGUUCAUAUAAAUCCGUACCCACCAAGGAAGAAGACAACAACGUUGAGGUCCAUGUACCACCAACCACUCAGGACUCAGAUUCUCUCUGCAAUGGAUCUGUGAUCCCAGAGGAGCAAAGGGCAUCCAACGAGCCUUCAGAUUCUAUUCCGCUCCAAAGUGUCUGCAAUGGAGCUGGUUCAUAUAAAUCCGUACCCACCAAGGAAGAAGACAACAACGUUAUAGAGGUCCAUGUACCACCAACCACUCAGGACUCAGAUUCUCUCUGCAAUGGAUCUGUGAUCCCAGAGGAGCAAAGGGCAUCCAACGAGCCUUCAGAUUCUAUUCCGCUCCAAAAUGUCUGCAAUGGAGCUGGAAAGGCAUCAGAGAUUUCAUCCAACAAUGACCUGACGACUUCUACAUCCCCAGAGGCCGGCAAGGAAGCUGAUAUCACAUCGGAGAUGGGUCCAGAAUCCCCCCAGGAUUCAAUCACUCCAGAGACCGGCAAGGAAACUGAGAUCACAUCUGAUGUGGUUGAGAAGUCUGACGAGAACUCAACGACUCCUGCUUCCCCCGCCAGCAGCCAGGAAACAGGUGACCUGGCAACGAAGCCACCCGACCAAGAACAAACCAACCAAGAGCCACCAGCAGCUGAACAGGAAGCAGAUGAUGCAGGAGAUCUCGACGAACACUAAAGUAUUUUCAGUUCUUUUGUUCUGUAACUAAAAUAAUAAGAGUCUGCUCUAUGUCAAGAUGUUACAGUCAAGACGUGUGAAUGUGUAGACAGAUGACUACUUCUGCAAGACCAAGUUUCAGGAUGUUGUUCUUUUUAUCUCUGAUGUUUCAUUAGUACUUCAUGCAGUGUGUCUGUAAAGUCUUCCUGUUCAGGGAUCACAACGAUGAAGGAGGGACAUGUAAACAAAUAGCUGCUGUUUGGUCACACCUUCAACAUUUCAAAGUCACUUUAUGUGUUUCAGGAGCACAGAGUCAUAGGAGUGUCCUGCUGCUCUAGUCCAGUGCAACAUGAUUGUAAGAGUGUGGUCAAAAUGUAGUUAUCAGAUGUAGGGUAGUUGUUCAUAUGAAGAAGGCAAAGGGUGACACAAAGUACUUUGAAAGGUCUUAGAACACAUCUGCCACUGUUUCAAGACAAACACAUUCAAUAAGUGACCUUUGUGUUGAGCUGAAACAUCAAGUUAUUUAUAAAUCUUGCACACUUCCACUUCUUCCUCUUUUGGGAUAAAAAAGACUUGUGCUCCUUCUAACGCAAACCUCACAGGCAGUGAUCUGCUCUUUAUGCAAACUGACUCGUUCAAAUAUCAACAUCAUGCAGGGCUUUCUGACAGCUGUUUUUAACAUGAUGAGUGAAUAUAUUUUCUUCUUUUAGUAGUUUAUGGGACGUUAGCCCUCUGUACAUAGACCUCACGAGUCACGACAUAACUGCUAGGCUAUCAGUGCUCCUUACAACAGAUUAUCAUCAGCAAAAAACAUCUGCAGGUUUUAUUCCAACUGAUCUGACUCCUGAAGUUACUCAUUUUAAAUCAUCCUCAGUGAGUGUUUUGGUCAGAUUGUGGCUGAAACAAAGAAAAGGGACUGUUUUGAUAUCUUUGUGAUUCCUUUAAAUUUUGAUAUCACCACCAAACCUCAACAUUUCAUAGCAUUUAUUAACUGCCUUUUUACAAUGUAGAACAUGAAUUUUGAACAACGUGCUUAUUUUUGUAGCAACAGAAACAAGCUCCAGGUGCUUCGUCCCUUAAAGUGACUGUUUCUAAACUUGAAUGGUGCAAAAAAGAACUGAGACAAACAAUCAGCCUCCUCCGAGGGCGCAGUGUAAAUCAGAUCCCUGUUACAACUUGAAUAUUUAUCAGGUCUUAGUCAAUGUUUUAUUUUGCACCAAAGGCCAACACCUUAAGUCACUUUGAAAAGCCAAAGCCCUUUUGAAUCUUUAGUAUGUAUCUGCAGCUGCAUUUGUCAUUUAAACUUCAGAAAAACAAAA